AUGCCACUCCAGCAGAUAGUAGGGGCUUACCUAGAAAUUAUUGAAGAGGGGAAAGUGAAGACGUCCACUAAAAUAAAAGAGGCAUUCUCCCAAUUCUUCCCAUGGGAGUAUUAUCAAUAUACGCAGCGAGAUGUCGACAAGUCGAUCACUACGUUCACCCGCCUCCUCGAUGCGAUUGAAUGUCGAAUCCCGUUUCAAUCGGCCAAGAUAGAUAUCCAAUAUCCACAGUCUGUGCUUGACGAAGCUUUCACUCCCAAAAAGUCCUUCGUCAGGUCAUUUCUCUCCGCCCUUCCUCGACGUCAGGUUUAUUUCCGCUAUAUCGCUCCAGGGCUUCGGUUACAGUCUGUCGACGAAUUCAAGAGUCAGCCCUUUGCAGCACACAGUGCUAUAAGUCAAAAUGACUCGGACGACGAAGGUGAAGAGAUUCCAUUCCUCCUCUUCCGAGCAGACGGAUCCAAUCUUUCACCCUGGGGCCAACCAUUUAACAACGUUGAUACCCCUGCUGGUUUAUACACUGAAGACAUAGAUAAAGGUAGAGCACAGGAUUUUGGGAAUAUGUGUAGGCUACUGUUUCCCUUCGGAAUUGGGUCUAAAGGAUACGCUCGAGAUAUCACUGGGAGACAGAUUGGAUUCUAUGGAAGUCCGAUAACACCCAUAGACCAUCCCCAGGAACUUUAUCAAGUCUGCGAUUCAAAUGGGUCUUGGAGACUCAUGGUGUUCGACUCCAUAAGGUGCUAUUGA